AUGAUAUUUGUUAUUUGUCAAGCAGCUUCAUUACGUAAACAUCAUGAUGAUGAUGAUAAUUUUGAAUUAAACAAUCAAUUUCGAUCUCUUACUCGUCAACAACUAGCUGAACUUGAUGAAUUUCUUUCACGUAAACUUAUUGAUGAAUCUUUAUCAGCAACAUCUGGAGAAGCUUUAGAUCGUAAUACACGUCGUCCACAUGAACAUGUAAUCAAGAAACGUGAUGCAUUAUGGACAACAACAGAAGUACUUGAUUGUGUUCGACGAUUAAAAUUAUACAAGAACAGUUCAAAACUUGAUCUUGUUACAGAAAUGCUCAAUUGUUAUCGACGUCUUAAACAUGUUGGUUAA